CUGUUCGGCGGAGGUGGUGGGCUUACCAUUGUGUUUAUUCUUUGCACGCGUCGCCCGUUAUAUUUAAUAUCUGACCUGCAUUUACUUUGUAAACCGGUUUUAUUUGGCGGUGUUUUGUCGCUGCGAAAUUUGGCGGCUUAGCUCCCAGGAUUUGUCCAGUGCUCGCUGAACGCCCUGUGUCACUUGCCGUAGGGAUACAUGUACAGUAGUGGCUAACAGGCUAUUAGCUAAUUAGCCGGAUAGCUUGUUGGCUAACCAGCUCGCCAAAAUUCUCCACAGCAAGUCCCACCCUCCACGCAGUGCGUGGUCGUCGUGCGGAGCGGCAGCCGUGAAGCGGUACUUCCCCACCCCCCUACCCUUUAACUCGGCCGGCUUCGUUGUUACUUGUUACACCUCCGACGGGGCUACGAGCAAAGCUAAACCAUUAAGCCCUAGUACGUUAGCAAGGUGACGCCAACGACAUUGUUGGCGCUACGUGGGGAGAGACGUGUCUUCUAAGGAGGGAUACGUUCGCUGUUCUGUUCUCAUCACCUCGGCGGAGCGGUUUGGCUUCAAGAAGCGGCGGAAAACGAGAGCGAACGGGGAAUACUACACGGCGAAGCGAAGGAGGGGACUGGCUGAUUUAGCCGGUGAGAUUGAAUUCGCAUAUCGAGAACAAGCACUGCAACUGAGCCACACACACAAUCAUGAGUAUUGAAAUACCAGUGGGCUUGAAGGAACUGCUGGAGGGCUACACGGUGGAGGUGCUUCGGCAACGGCCGUCGGACCUGUUGGAAUUUGCCGUCCAGUACUUCACCCGCUUGCGGGACACCAGGAGUCAAGAUGGGGCCAGCGAAGGCGGCAAGAUGGGAAAGGGGGUGAUGUUCGAUGGAGAGCCGAUGCAAACAGAGUCCAAUGGCGACGAUGACGAAGAUGACGACUCAGACUUUGAACCCCCGCCACCAAGCAGAUUCAACAGAAGAGUGUCAGUGUGUGCGGAGGCAUUCAAUCCAGAUGAGGAUGACGAGGACACAGAACCCAGAGUGGUUCAUCCAAAAACAGACGAACAACGCUGCAGACUGCAGGAGGCCUGUCGGGACAUCUUGCUGUUCAAAACACUGGACCAGGAGCAGUUCUCUGAAGUGCUGGACGCAAUGUUUGAAUUACGGGUUCAGCCCCAAGAACAUGUGAUUGACCAGGGAGACGAUGGCGACAACUUUUACGUCAUCGAGCGGGGCGUGUAUGACAUUGUGGUAUCGGGCACAUGCGUGGGUCAGUAUGACAAUAAGGGCAGCUUCGGGGAGCUGGCACUCAUGUACAACACACCACGCGCGGCCACCAUCAUCGCCACCCAGGAAGGGUCGCUAUGGGGCCUGGAUCGUGCCACAUUUCGUCGACUCAUUGUGAAGAACAAUGCCAAGAAGCGAAGGAUGUAUGAAUCUUUUAUUGAGUCUGUACCCUUACUGAAGUCCCUGGAGGCAACAGAGAGGAUGAAGAUUGUGGAUGUAUUAGGGGCAAAGCAGUUCUCAGAUGGUGAGCGCAUCAUCACACAGGGAGACAGUGCUGACUGCUUCUACAUUGUAGAAUCUGGGGAGGUCAAGAUCAUGAUGAAGAGUAAAACGAAGGCAGACCAUGCAGACAAUGCGGAGGUGGAGAUAGCGCGCUGUAGCAGGGGUCAGUACUUCGGGGAGCUGGCCUUGGUCACUAACAAGCCUCGGGCUGCUUCAGCCUACGCAGUGGGCAGUGUCAAAUGUUUGGUAAUAGACGUGCAAGCCUUUGAGCGCCUCCUGGGCUCCUGUAAAGAAAUCAUGAAGAGGAACAUCGCCCAUUACGAGGAGCAGCUGGUGGCCCUGUUCGGCUCGAGCAUGGACCUGAGAGACUGAGCCUCCCACUCCACCCUCCGUGCCUUCUACCACACACACACACACACACACACACACACACACUGGCAACACAGACGCAUAAUAAGCUUUACCCAUACUGUCUAAACAUGAGAGAUUGUAUUUGGCUCACAUGGAAAGGAAUAAAAUUGAUUUUUUUUUUUUUGCACAUACACUGACACGACCACCUGCAUAUUCACUUACACAUGCACUCCCUGAUAAAUAUACACACAUGCAGAUGGUAGGCCACACGCUUGUUUUUUUUUUCACAUCAGAUUCAAGUUUUCAGCACGAGUGUCUUGGCUGUAUGCAGGCAAAGCAGCGGUCAGACAUGCAACAAAUGAAUAAACACACACACACAAACACACACACACACACACACACACACACUCCAUUCACAAUGUUUUCCAAAAAUGCAUUACCACUCGCGCUUUCUAUGGCAGUCUUCACUAUCACAAGAGCAUUUUAACAGCUCUGAGUUGCCUCAGCCAAGGACACACACUCAGAUACAGGUGGGUACACUAAGUCAACACAAAACCACAUUUGCAAAAACACAAAAUUGAGCUGACAAACUAAAAAAACAAAAAACAAAGUUAAAAAAAUGCAAAAAAAGUUUAAUGAAGACUAAAGUUUUAGAAACAUUUUAUGAAGAUAAAAAAACAGAAGCUUUGAUAAAAUAUUAUUUAAAUAUAUAUAUAU